AUGCCAAAGCCUUCCGUGGUACUCUAUCUGCUCUCGCUCGGUGCUCUCCUCGCACCAGUGCUUCACAGUGUCCAAAGUGGCAUGUCCGGCUUGAUACUGGACAAUGUGCACUCUGCGCAUCCGGUCUUGCCAGGUACUGAUAUUCCGCUGCGGACUAGCUGGACUGGCCUGGCUCUUUUGGAUGUCAACUUUUCUGUCAUGAUUUGCGUCUUUUACGUAAUUCUCGACCCUCACAACCUGAGCCUCUUCAUUCAAGGGGGGCACUUUUUUGGGCUUUGGAUGGCGGCCUGGAUCUUGGUUUUGCUGGAGUCGGUGCCGAGUAUUAAAGGUUCGACUAACACUCGUCCCCCGCGACGGAGCCGAAAAUAUGUGAUAUGGGGCUUGAUUAUGGAGUUCAUGACCGUUGCAUUUGGUCUUCCGGCAUGGUGUGCUUCCAACCUACAACAGUCUCCAAUCGAACCUCGCGCCGCAUCCUCACCUUGCUCGGCCUCAUCGUUAGACAUUGCCGAAAUCAAAAUGCUGCCCUGGUCUUUCGUCCUCUCUACCGGAAUCCCAACAUUUCUUAUGUUAAUCUGCAGGCCGGAUGCUGAAGCCGCAUUGUUUUCUCAGCAAACCUGGAUUUUACUUCGCCUCUUCCACCCGCUUCUAUUUGCGACUGCGCACGGUCUCCUCAUUACCAAGAGCCAAAGAAGUCGCGAGCAAAACUGCAGUCGACAGGAAGACCCCGGCACGGAGCAAGCUCGCGAAUUAAACAAACUUUACACCGUCGCCUUCUGGAUAGCUGCCAUACCGCACUUGCUAGUGAUAUCAGGUGUGCUGUUCGCCAAAUUCUUCCCUCGGCUGCUACCUGCACCGAUCGUCGCCUCCUUAUCGGUCGGUGCCUUGUGGCCUGUCGCAUCUAUAUGGCGAAGCGUCUUUGUGAAGGUUGAAAGUACCCAGCAGGGUGUCGCCCUAUUUAUGACUGCGAAUGAGAUAAUCUCCACCGUGGCGUUAUUAGUGUGGGCUUGGAACAGAGGCGGGGCUGCCAUACCAAAAUCUGGGAGAAACGGCCAACAGAGUCUAAGAAUCGGUUUCUGGAAGGCGAUUUUCCUGGCUAGUAUCUUCGGACCGGGCGCUGCGGCUGUCGCCUAUGUACAGCACCGAAAUGCAGUGCUGCAGCAGAUGACUCUGUCAGACAACAAAAAGAGAUAG